UGAAGUUGUGUUUUGCUUCCUCCCCUUCCUCCACGCAUGGGACAACCCAACGUGGCUUUUUGCUUUUCGUAAGAAUAUUUCUCAGUUAUUGAAUGUAAUGACAUGUUCAUAAGUCAAAACAUUACUAUAAAAACAUAGUCAAAAACCAAGGGGUGAACGCGUGACGUGUGACUGAACCUUGACUGAAGAGCAGUUCACGGAGAAAUAUGUUUAUUGAAGAAGAAGACUGGAGCGACGAACAGGACGCUCAAGACCUGAACGAAACUGUGCUCAGAACCUCCCAGAAGAAAACUCCAAGCAGCACUAAUGUCAAGGCCAAGCUUGUAGGGAAGAAGAGCCUGCUGCGGACCCUUCAGACGCUGGGAUCAGUGCCAGACUGGAAGAGCAGUGAGCAUCAGAAGGACAGCGACAGUGAGACAGAAGCGGCUCCAUCACCAAUCAAGAAGAAGAAGAAACGAAGGAAGAAGAGAAAAAAAGCAGAGUCGACUAAAGAGCAAGCAGAGAACGGGGACGUAGAUCAGAAUGAUGAAGAGGAGAAACUCGUAGCAAAAAAGAGGAAGAACGACAACAAAUCUGGGGCCCAAAAGGGAAAAUGUGCAUUGUUGGCCCAAACAAAGAAAGAAGAGACAACAACAUCUAUCAAAGCAAAUGUAAACAUACCAGAGGGCACAGAUAGACUGAGCAGACAACAGUGGAGAAACAAAAUGAAAAGCAAGAAGAAAUGUAAAAAUAAAUUUAGUCAGAAGAAUCCUGAGGAGGCAGUAAAUAAAGCAGAAUCUACAGAGGAACACAAACCAAAGGAAGAAGACAGCAGCAACAACAACAACAACAAAAGUGAAAAAGUCACUCAGACACCAGCCAAGAAAAAGCAAAAGGAAUGUAAAGCACAGAAAAGGAAACGAACUGAAGAGCCGGCUGAAAUAACUUGUACAACAGAAACACAGACACUCAGAGAAGAAAAGGGUGACAAGGUUGAAAAAGGUGCAACUGAAUCAAAACAAAAAGCUGCUGAACCCAAGGUGGAGAUCACAGACGAGCCGCAGUCACCCGCAAAAAGAGUGAAACCCGAGCUGAGCAGAGAACAGAGUCUAAGAAGAGAGAAGCUUCGGAAAAUGCUCAGCAAGGAAACAGUCCGACAGGAGAGUCCCGCCGAGCAAAAGGACGAGCCAGCCGUACCAGAAACGGAUGUCAAACUGGACCGCUCGGCCUCCCUCAGGUCCCGCAUGGUCGAGCGUCUGGAGUCGGCUCGCUUCCGCUUCAUCAAUGAAGUUCUGUACAGCACGACCAGCGGCGAGGCCAGGCGGAUGUUCAAACAGGACCCGCAGGCCUUCGGGAUCUACCACAGAGGCUACACGGCACAGGUUCAGAGGUGGCCCGCCAAUCCAGUGGAUGCCAUCAUCGCGUACAUUCGUCAAAAGCCUCCCUCCCUGGUGGUCGCUGACUUCGGUUGCGGCGACUGUAAAAUCGCACGCAAUGUGAAGAACAAAGUGCACAGCUUCGACCUGGCGGCAGCCUGCGAGCUUGUCACAGUGUGUGACAUGGCCAACGUUCCUCUUCCUGACUGCUCGGUGGACAUCGCUGUGUUCUGCCUUUCUCUCAUGGGAACGAACCUCGCGGAUUUUCUAGCCGAGGCCAACCGGGUUUUAAAGAUGGGGGGCGUCCUACAAAUAGCGGAAGUUGCGAGUAGGUUCGAGAAUGUUCGAAGCUUCGUAACUGGACUGGCAAACCUGGGAUUCAAGAUGGUGUCCAAGGACACAGAGAACACUCACUUCUACACCUUUGAGUUAGUGAAGUCAGGAGGUGCUCCAGAAAAUGUGAAGAAGUUUGGACUUGAGCUGAAGCCGUGUGUCUACAAGAAGAGAUGAGUUGACAUGAGAGUGACCCCCCCCCCCCCCCCCCCGCCCAAUAAGUGACAUUUUCCUAACUUUGUCUUUAGAUGUGCAGCUCUGGUUUACUGCUCGCCAAAGCAGAAGUUGUACAUUUUUUAUAAAAAAUGUAAAAUGUUCAGUACAUGAUAUGUGCUGUAAUAAUGUUUCCUUUCAUUCUCCCUGGUUAGAGAUGAUCAGUGGAAUAUUCCUGAAAGGUGUGUUGUUGGAAUACAUAAAUACAAUCGGACAUUAAAUACAGAUACUUAAUUGGGA